AUGUCAGGUCUCGACGUUGAAGCCCUUCUCGAGUCUACGGCUGCUUCUCUGAACGAAUCUGCGGACAAAGAUCGCGAUGACCGCUCAAAAGUUGACUCAAACGAUCGCCAUGACCGUGAUCGCUCCAGAGAUAGAGAACGCCGACGGAAAGAUGGUAGUCGCGACCGUCGUCGUGACCGGGACGACAAGGAUGAAGAUAUAAGAAGCGAGCAUGGCAGUGCUAACGGAAGCCAUAGAAGCAGACGCAGAAGUCGCAGUCGUCGCCGCGACCGCCAUGGUGAUCGCUCCGGAGGUGAUUACUACCGCGGUGGAGGUCGUGCUCGCACAAGGUCACGCUCACCUGAUGAUGAUAGAUAUUACCGUCCGAGUGGCCGCUCUCGACGAGACCAACGUGAUGAUGACAGACAUUCCCGCCGGGAACGUGACGGCAGGAGACGUAGCAGAAGCCGCGGACAUCGCAGUAAGACGCCGGAAGAAGAACUAAAUGAAGAUGAGCGCGAUAAACGUACUGUAUUUGUUCAACAGCUUGCUGCCCGGUUGAGGACCAAGGAACUCAUUGCGUUCUUCGAAAAGGUGGGACCCGUCAAAGAAGCCCAGAUCGUGAAGGAUCGUGUUAGUGGCAGGUCGAAAGGUGUUGGCUACGUCGAAUUCAAGGACGAAGCAUCUGUCCCACUUGCCAUUCAGCUCACCGGUCAAAAACUUCUAGGAAUUCCUAUUAUAGCCCAAUUGACCGAAGCGGAGAAAAAUCGACAAGCCCGCAAUCCUGAAGCUAGCAGUGGUCAAUCGGCCUCGGCGCCGUUUCACAGGUUGUAUGUUGGUAACAUUCAUUUCAGUAUCACUGAAAAUGAUAUCCAGAAUGUUUUUGAACCAUUCGGCGAACUUGAAUUUGUCCAACUUCAGAAAGAUGAAACCGGACGUAGUCGUGGUUAUGGUUUUGUUCAAUUCCGCGAUCCUAACCAAGCAAGAGAAGCUCUCGAAAAAAUGAACGGGUUUGAUCUCGCCGGUAGGCCAAUCCGCGUCGGUCUUGGAAACGAUAAGUUUACUCCCGAGUCGACAGCGAAUCUUCUACAACGUUUCCAGGGACAAGGACACCACCAACAAUACCAGGGCUCAGCAUUCUCUGGCAACGGUGGCCGUGGUGCUCAAGCGGGAGGCGCACCCAGCAACUUUGACCGUGCUGGUGGCCGAGACACAGACAAGGGGACAGGCGGAGCAAGUGCUCUAGAUGACACAGAUGUUGCCGGUGUGAACUUCAACAAUUAUAGCAGAGAUGCAUUGAUGAGGAAACUCGCGAGAACAGAUGAACCCGAGCCUUCUGCAGACGAAAAAUUGCAGCCGUUACGACCCAAGACUGAACCCAAGCCACUACCCGUAAAUGUCAACAUGGCAAGCCGCUGUGUCUUACUUCGAAACAUGUUUGACCCUACUGAAGAAGAGGGCGAAUCAUGGAUCAAAGAAUUAGAAGACGACGUUCGCGCUGAAUGUGAGGAGAAAUACGGUCAUGUUGUUCACAUAUCUCUAGAUCCGAACUCGCAGGGAGACAUUUAUCUCAAAUUUGACCGCGUCCAAGGAGGCGAGAACGCCAUCAAAGGUCUCAACGGACGAUUCUUUGGCGGUAGACAAAUCAGCGCUCAGCCGGUCGUUGAUGCUGUUUAUAGCAGUCUCUUCUCUCGCACCAAAGCCAUCUAA